UUGUUCUCUUCCUCUUCCAGACACUGGUUAACGUGAGUGUGGGCUGUUCAUUCUUCGUGGCUCUCAACUACUUCACACUCACCAACUUCAUGUGGAUGUUCGUGGAAGGUUUCUACCUUUACAUGCUGGUGGUGAAGACGUUCUCUGUGGAGAACAUAAAGCUACGAGUCUACACACUGAUCGGCUGGGGUGUUCCAGUUCCUAUAAUCAUCAGUUGGGUUAUCCUUAAAUCACAACUUGCCACAACCCAUCCUGCGGGUAUGGAAGGACAUGAAUUAGAGGGACUGGUAAGGAACUGUCCCCUGAUGCCCGACAGUACUGUAGACUGGAUACAGAAAAUACCCGUCCUCUUUCUACUGUCCACCAACCUCAUAUUCCUCACACGUAUAAUGUGGGUACUCAUCACCAAGUUACGAUCAGCCAAUACGGUAGAGACACAGCGGUACAGAAAGGCGACGAAGGCCCUGUUGGUACUGAUUCCUCUGCUGGGGUUAACAUACAUGCUGCUCAUAGCUCUGCCGCAGGAGCUGGAGCACGUGAGAGCCAUCCUACUCUCCACCCAGGGAUUCUGGGUGGCGCUGUUCUACUGCUUCCUCAACAGCGAGGUGCAGAACAGCAUCCGUCAUCAUAUAGAGCGGUGGAAGACAGCGCGGGGAUUGGCUGACCCCAGACACGCCUCUGUCAGACAUGGACGAGAUGGUUCUCCUCGACCUAAAACUGAUUGUUCCAGGUAAAGUGUGCGUG